AUGGCUCGAAAUUGUAUCCUGUGGAUUUUAGUUCCAACCUUGUUUCUUACUUAUGUGACAUAUUUACUCCAUUUUGCUUGUCCACACACGUCUGUGUUUGACACCAAAUCCCUUAAUUUUGUUGACCAUUUCGCCUGUAAACAACUCAAUGUUGUUGUUUCGUUCGUAGAGAACAACCCUGUGAUCCAGGAGUACGAUACUAAGUUGGGGAUCUCUAAAUCGUAUGGAAAAUACGUGGUUCCUAAUAUCGAAAAAGGCACCGAAAUCAUUCGAAAUGUCGAUAAUUCUUACGGCGUUUCGGCCAAGGUCUCUUCAGCUUUGUACGAACCGUACGUGAUCGUGUCUGGAUACACUUAUCAGUUCCUGAAGUAUGUUGAACACGUCAUAAUUCCCAAAUCAAGUGGUCUUUAUGCCCAUUAUAGUGCCCACGCAAAGGGCCAUUUCGGUGUGGCGUUUGAGAAUUUGAAACACCACCUCAAAGUUCUUCAAAUACGCAGCACGGUGUACUUCGGUGAGUUCUAUAGAGCUCAUGUGGCUCCUCAUGUUCACUCGACGUGGUACAAAUUGUCCACCAGUGCGUUUGGCCAAAACGUGAGACACUACUAUAUUGUACUUGGUUUAGACGUUGUGUUUGAAGGCAUAGGCAAACUUUUCCUGUCUUUGGCCGAACGGAGCACAUCUUUGCAAGAAAAGUCCCAUUUUCUCAAGUCUGAACUCAAGGGGUUAAUAAAGCCAUUGGACAACUUGAAGGCUAAAUUUAUCAGCAGGGAAAAGAACGUGGCGGAUGUGGUCAAGGAAAUUAUUCAAGAAGUCGAAGAAUCUACAAAACCCGAAUCAAGCAAACAGGCUCCAACGGAAGACGCACCAACGGAGGAGACUGCAACGGAAGAAACCGAGUACGAUGAAGUUUACGACUCAGAGUCUGAUUCUGAGCCCUCGACAGUACUCAUUACCUCCACCAUCACUGUCGUUUCUGAGUCGCACGAGCUGGGCAACAAUGAAGUGAGCGAAAACUCGCAUCAACAUUUACUCAACGAAGAGCUUGACUACUGGCAGUCUAAGGUGGACAAAACUCUUCAGCUCGCUUACAACAGUCUUGAGAGUGAUUUCUUGCCACAGUUGAAUCAGAUAAUGGAAAAGGUCAAGGGGCCAAUUUCAGACACCUUGAAAGGAGUGCAACAAAAUAACUAUGAACAUUACAAGAAGCUCAAUCAGAUGAUCAGCGAUAUUAACAAGGAUGUCAGUGAUAUUCAAGAGUCCAAUGAACUUCCCUCAGAAUUUGGUGUAUCAAGACAAGAUAUGAGAGAUGGAAUCUCAGCAGCAACUGAAGAGUCGCUGGAAGCACUUUCGUCAGUUCAACAAAUGCUUGCCGAUGCACAGAAAGAUGUAAUAGUCAAGUAUUUUGAAGCCAUUCAGAACACCAUAGAUAUAUUGGAAUCAUUUGCUGAUGUCACGGUACUGGAAUUUUCCAACCGGUUGACGGCCCUUCUCUCCUUCAUGGAGGUGGAAGAGAACUUUGACGAAGCAUUGGGAUGGCAAGCGUGGAAACAAUUCCACAAGACCAAGGAACAGAUUUUUAAAAUCCGCGAUAAGAUUUACGACGAAGCCAAUGCUUACAAGUCGAAGUACUUUGAAGCCGACAACAAAAUUGUACCCAGUGCUUUAAGUGAAUGGGACAAGUAUUUUAGAGACAUCCAUUAUCAUGUUGGGUUCCUCACUCACGACAAUGAAGAGUAUUUGCGACUCGUGCGAGCCAAAGCUAAUGUGGCAUACCAGGCACGCGAGGCAUUGGAGCGCAAGAUUGAGCAGGAGAGAGAGAAGAAAGACCAAGGUAAUGAAGAAGAGAAGGAACACCAAGAUAAUGGACAAGGAGAAGAAGUCAAUGAUCGUGCGCGAGUAAUUGUCAACGAGUACGAUGAUGAAGAGAAGAUCGUGGUGGUGGAAGACCCCAACCACGUAAUAGAAGCGGAACAUUUGAAACAGACCAAGGAAUCAGACGGAGAUUCAGACGCAGGUUCUGACGACACCGUCGUUGACUCAGACGGUCGUGAUUCAGACUCUGGUGGUUCAGACUCCAAGUAG